CAACAAACACGAUUCUGUAUUCAUUCCCCUCAACGCUGUUUCCUUUUCUAUUUAGACUCUCGCCACUUCCCUCUUUUCCUCAUUCUCUUUCUUUCAUUCGUCUUCUUCUUCUUCCUGAGCUGUUCGUUCGUUGCAUCUUCCUUUCUCGCUUUCGCUCUAAGCUAACAGUCUAAGAAAUUCAGGUCAAAAUGGAAGACGGGCAUAAGUUCCAGGAAGUUUCAAAGCCAAAAUAUGAUUGCCUUUUAUUUGAUCUUGAUGACACCCUUUAUCCUUAUAGUUCUGGAGUUUCAGUGCAAAUAGCAAAAAAUAUUGAUGAGUAUAUGAUUCAAAAGCUUGGGGUGGAGGCUGCCAAAGUUGCUGAAUUGAACUAUUCAUUAUAUAAGACUUAUGGGACAACGAUGGCUGGUCUAAGGGCAAUUGGCUAUGACUUUGACUAUGAUGACUUUAACAGUUUUGUUCAUGGGAGAUUGCCAUAUGAUGUGCUGCUGAAACCAGACCCUGUUCUCAGGGGCAUUUUGCAAAGCCUGCCUGUUAGGAAACUUAUUUUUACUAAUGCAGACUCGAAACAUGCAAUUCGAGCGCUUAAAACCCUUGGACUGGAGGACUGCUUUGAAAGUAUUAUAAGCUUUGACACUCUGAAUCCCUCCAACAACACCAAUCCUUCUCAUAAUAAAGAUGGCAGUGAAUCCCGAUCAACCACUGCAGAAAUUUUUGACUUUUGUGAGCACAUACGCCGGGCGGAAUCUGAUAUGGUGCUUCCAAGGACCCCAGUUGUCUGCAAACCCUUUGAUGAUGCAUUUGGAAAUGCUUUCAAGUUAGCAGAUAUUGACCCUCAAAGAGCAUUGUUUUUUGAUGACAGCAUCCGCAAUUUAUUGACAGCCAAACGCUUGGGCCUCCACACAGUUGCGAUUGGUACAUCUGUUCGUACCACUGGAGUGGAUCAUGCAUUAGAGAGUAUUCAUAAUAUCAAGGAGGCAUUUCCUGAGCUUUGGGAUGCUGAAGUGAAGCAUGAAUUUGUGCAAUACAAUGUUGGAAUUGAAACAUCGGUAAAAGCUUAGUUUUAGAAGUUUACCCCAGGGAAUUGGUGCUGCCUUGUACUGUUAUUUAAAUUUAUUCUAUUUACUGUUUGUUAUAAAUAGCCCUAGUUGGACAUGCGUUUAUCAUAUGUUUCUGUUACUGUCUCAAGCUUGGUGGAUAAGUUCAAUUUCAUCAUGUUGGAUCUGUUCCUGUUAUUUUUAUCCACAAAAUGUGACUCAUGCGACAUGAUAUAUAAAGUAUAUGAAUCUUUAUUCAA